CUAGUUUCAGUUUCCAGUCACAGUCGAAUCAAUAUGCCGCGUGCGACUGACAAGUGAAACAGUGUAAAAAAAAAAAUACAAAAUGACUUUUUCAAGACCAAUUUGAUCGUUUUUAAAAUCAAAAAAAUGAAAAUGGAGUUGUUUGUGAUUUUCGCGUUAAUUGCCGCGAUUUCCGGAAAAUUGCCGCCGAGUGACGAUAAUAUUUUGCAUAUUGGUGGGAUUUUUCCUAUCGGAGGCGAAGGAGGUUGGCAAGGAGGUCAAGCCUGUAUGCCCGCAGCUAAUUUAGCGCUGACUGAUGUCAAUAGGGAGAAAAAUUUACUGCCAGGAUUUGAGCUCAAAUUGCAUUCCAAUGACAGCGAGUGCGAACCUGGGUUGGGAGCCUCUGUGAUGUACAACUUGCUGUACAAUGCGCCGCAGAAGCUGAUGUUACUCGCAGGAUGCUCCACUGUUUGUACUACAGUUGCAGAAGCCUCCAAAAUGUGGAAUUUAGUCGUCCUGUGCUACGGAGCUUCUUCACCAGCGUUGUCAGAUCGUAACAGGUUUCCAACGUUAUUCCGAACGCACCCGAGCGCGACAGUCCACAACCCGACGCGGAUAAAACUGUUCCAAAAAUUCGGAUGGUCACGAGUCGCCAUCUUGCAGCAAGCCGAAGAAGUUUUUAUUUCCACCGUCGAAGACCUGGAGGCUCGUUGCAAAGAAGCGGGCAUAGAAAUCGUCACCCGUCAAAGUUUCCUCUCAGACCCCGCCGACGCGGUGAGGAACCUCCGUCGGCAAGAUGCGAGGAUCAUCGUCGGGCUGUUUUAUGUCGUCGCGGCCAGAAGGGUCCUCUGCGAGGUUUACCACCAAAAUUUGUACGGCAAAAGCUACGUAUGGUUUUUUAUCGGGUGGUACGAGGACAAUUGGUUCGAGGUGAACUUGGACAAAGAGGGAAUCACUUGCACUAAGGAACAAAUGCGACAAGCCGCUGAGGGUCACAUGACCACCGAGGCUCUCAUGUGGAACCAGAACAAUGACACGACAAUCAGUGGGAUGACCUCGGAGGAUUUCAGGCAGAGGCUUAAUAAGCAGCUGAAGGAGGAUGGGUAUGAUGUUGAUAAUAAUAGAUAUCCUGAGGGAUAUCAGGAAGCUCCUCUGGCUUAUGAUGCUGUUUGGUCGGUUGCUUUAGCGUUCAACAAAACAAUGGAUAAACUCUCAAAAUCUGGAAAAAGCUUGAAGAAUUUCACUUACACCGACAAAGAAAUCGCCGAUGAGAUCUACAGCGCCAUAAACUCCACCCAGUUCCUCGGAGUUUCGGGAUACGUGGCUUUCAGCUCACAGGGAGACCGAAUCGCUUUGACGCAAAUCGAGCAAGUUAUCGACGGAAAUUACGUAAAGCUUGGCUACUAUGACACUCAGAGCGACAACCUAACCUGGAAGAACCGCGAACGGUGGAUCGGAAGCAAGGUUCCGCAAGAUCGAACCAUAGUCCGAAAAGUCCUGCGAACUGUGUCCACGCCCCUGUUUGCGUGUAUGAGCGCAUGCUCCGCCCUGGGGAUUGUCAUCGCGAUCUUGUUGAUUUUUUUUAACGUCUGGUUCAGGCACCGGAGAGUUGUCUUGUCCUCGCACCCGGUCUGUAACACGAUAAUGCUCGCAGGAGUGAUUAUCUGCUUCAUCUCUGUGUUCCUUCUGGGGCUGGACGGGAGGUUCGUGUCCCCUGGAGAAUACGAACACGUUUGCCAAGCACGGGCCUGGAUGUUGUCAAUAGGAUUCACUUUAGGAUUCGGGGCAAUGUUCUCCAAGGUCUGGAGGGUCCAUCGACUGACCACUAAGACCAAGGCCGACCAGGCGAAGCUCUUCAUUGCCAAGCAAAAGGUCUCCAGUGUCCAGAAAAACGUCCAGCCUUGGAAAUUGUACACAAUGGUAAGCGCGCUUCUUGCUAUUGAUGUUAUCAUUCUUGGCGCCUGGCAGGGGCUUGAUCCCCUUCAGAGGACUAUUGAGGUCUUUCCUCUGGAAGCUUCUCCUCAUGGAGAUGAUGAUGCCAAGAUCAGUCCAGAGCUGGAGCACUGCGAGAGUCAAAAUAACAGCGUUUGGCUGGGACUCGUUUAUGGUUACAAGGGCAUUGUCCUAGUUUUUGGACUAUUUUUGGCCUAUGAGACCAGGAGCAUCAAAGUCAAACAGAUUAACGACUCCAGAUACGUCGGGAUGUCAAUCUACAACGUAGUGAUCCUCUGCCUGAUAACAGCGCCAGUAACAAUAGUAAUCGCGAGCCAACAGGACGCGAGUUUCACCUUUGUGGCUUUGGCGAUAAUCUUCUGCUGCUUUUUGAGCAUGGCGCUGAUCUUCGUCCCGAAGGUAAUCGAAGUUAUCCGACACCCGAGAGAUAAAGCCGAGUCAAAGUACAACCCGGACAUGGGAAUGUCCAAAGAAGACGAGGAACGGUACCAGAAGCUCGUUAAUGAGAACGACGAGCUCCAGAGACUGAUUGCCCAGAAAGAAGAAAAGAUAAAAGUCCUGAAACAACGGCUGGCCGAAAGGGACGUCGCGAAAGGAGUCGCCUUUGCUCCAGGUGGCGCUGCUGCGGGCGGUAAUGUACCAAAAGACUCGCUGAUUGUCGCGGACUUUGUUACCGGCGAGGGGACCUCCGACAGCGCGAUCGGUGGGGGCAUUUCUGUUUACACGAGAUCCUCACGUGCAUCUGCAUCUGAUUUUGAGUUCUCUGAGUCGUAUCUUUAAUUUUUAGUAUCUGCACUCCCUGUUUCAUUAUUAAGAAUAAUGUCUGUCAAUUUUUUCAUCAAAUUAUUUGGAUAAUUGACCAGGAAAAUCGCAAAUUGCAGUUUUAAUUGAACUUGAGGACUUUAUUGGGGCUUAAAUAUACUUAAGUAGUCUUGGUCAAUUAUUUUAAUAAUUACUGAGAAGAAAAAUUGAAAAAGUGUAUUCAUAGGCCUAUAUACUGUAUUUUUGUGUGUUUAAAAUACGAAAAUACCGCGACCUAAAAAUCCUAUUGAUUUUGAUAUUUUUUUAAGACACUAACAUAAUAAGUACAAUAUUUAUAAUUUUUCAAUAAUUAUUUGGGUCCAAAUGAUAACAAUCAGCGAAUUUUUAAUUAUACAUAAUGAUCAUUAAUAUACUAUUUUUUUUUAGCGUCUUCCGGUAGAUGGAUAAUGCAUGGCACGCCCUUUUAGUUCUUACGCUAAUAUUAAUUAUUAUUAAUGGACGUCUUGAGAAAUUUUCUUUAAUAUCUCAGUUUCUGAUUUUUUUAGAGACAAAAGUUGUAGCUAACAAUGUCCUCUUUCUAAAAAAUUGGUAAAUUUCUAAAAAAAAAAAAAACGGAUUUUUUUAGUUGGGGGCGCUGAAAACUUCCUUAAAAAAUGUCAGAAUAUUAAAACUAAAUAGAUAUUCUGAAAGUUAAGAUUCUAAGGAUUCUUAAAAUGCAGGCGAAGACAUAAAAAUAAUUAGUUGUCUAUUUUUUAUCCUCGAUCAAACUUUUUUAGAAUUUUCAAAAAAUCUAAUUUUCAAGUUUGACAAUUUUUAUUAAUGAAAUUAUCAGUUUGAGAAAAAAAAGUUUCAAAAAAAAAUUGUAGCCUCAAGUGUCCUCUUUUAGAUAAAUUUGGUCCGGUUCCUCGAUAUUAAUUAGAAAAAAAGUUAUGAAUUUUUCAAGUACUCAAAACAUGGUAAAUUUGUAAAAAAAAAAAGGUAUUUUUUGAAUUGGGAGAGCUGAAAAUUUCCUUAAAAAAUGUCAGAAUAUAAAAAAUAAAUAUUUAUUCUGAAAGCUAAGAUUCUAAAGAUUCUAAAAAUGCCGGCAAAGACAUAAAAAUAUUGAAUAAUCCUAAAAAAAUCUCCAAUCAAAGUUAAAAUUUUCUCACGAUGUCCAACACAAAAAUUCUAGAUCUAUUUAUUUAAUUAGCGCAUGUUUAUUUCUAGCUCCAAUUGCAGUUAAAUCUCGUUAGAUUGUCGAUCGCAGAUAACAAUAUACCAGAAAAAUUAUAACAAAUCUGUAAACCUCAUAAAAAAUUCCCAAAUUAUAAAAGAAAAUUCGAGACCUAACGAGAUUUAAGCAGCUUUAGAAAAUAUUUUUACCAUUCAUAAAUUUGGGAUUUUUAUUGAGAGACUGAUCACCUCGGAUAGAACGCCGCUGGAAGCCUGUUACAAUAUUAUUAUUAUAAAUAAUAAUUUAUUUUUAAGUUAUCGACAAUCUCGUU